AUGGCACCGAGCAGCAGCAGCAGGGGCGUGCUCGCCCCCUCGAGCCCCCCACGGCAGGCGCAGGUCAAGGCGUGCAGCACCAUCGUGGGGCCCUCGCGGCUCGCGCACGAGGCAAAGGCCGGCGUGCGCGCGCUGCAGGAGGCGCUGCCGGCGCAGAAGCGCGCCCAGUCGGCCUUUCUCGCGCGCUCGUCGAAGAUCCAGCGGGGCCAUGCGCGUGCCCGGGCCCAGGCCAGGCAGGCCGAGACGAGCGCUGCUGCUCGACCAAGGACAAAUGACGACCUCGAGGCGCGGCCCAGUGUGCGGCCCAGCGUGCUUCUGCCAGGGAGGCACGGACACGAGCAGGAGCAGGAGCAGGAGCAGGAGCAGGACCGCGAUGAGCGGAUGCGCGUGCUGCACCGCCUCGAGCCAGGCCCCGGCUCGCUGGACGAGGCACCAGAAUGGGACCGCGACUGGGAGCGCUUCGAGCCCCUGUCGCGGACGCGGCUGCGGCGACGGCUCGUGCCCCACGAGACGCUCCUCGGCUUCGUCGACGGCCGCUUUCUGCUCCCACCGCCACUGCUCUACUCGGUCUGCACGCCGGGCACGCGCGACGGCGACUUUGACGUGCCCGUCGACGGCGACUGGCUCACCAUCUGUGUCCUCGCCGAAAAGGGCCCGCUGCGCGAGACGCGCGACACCUCCCGGCCAGACAGCAGCGAGCACGAGCGAGAGCAUAGGGAGGAAGCACCACCGAGGCAGCGUCGUUACAUGACGGCCAAGCUCGUCGAUCUGGCCACUGGCACCGACUCGGCGCGCGGCGACGCGGAGCUGCUGAUGACCGUCUUUGAGGCCGAGCGCACGUGGCGCGACGCCGACGGCAAGCGGCACUACUCGGGCGGCAGCGGGGGCGCCUUUGAGCGGCUCCAGAUCGAGCAGCCGGGCGCGGUGCUGUGCCUGCUCAACCCAAAGGUGCGCCGGGGUGGGCGCGAUCGCUAUUCAGCAGCAGCAGCAGGGGCAUCAUCAGCAGGAGCAGGAGCAAGGGCAAGAGCAGCAGCAUACGGAGACGAUGGCGAUGGCAGCCGGCUCAUGUGCCUCAAUCCCACCGCCGCCAGCAGCCUCGUCGUCGUCGGCUACGCGGCCGACCACGGCGAGUGCGAGGCGAUCAAGCAGGAUGGCACGCGCUGCGCCCGCUUCGUGGACCGCCGCACGGGCGCACACGCCUGCGCCUUCCACGUUGCCAAUGCCCUCGAGCGCACAAAGAACGGCCGCCAGGAGCUGGCCAGCAGCGCCUCGACGAGCUUCCGGCCCGCCGCGCGCAACGGCAGCAGCAACGGCCUGUUUGGUCUCUCCGACGGCCUGGGGCUGAACGGUGGCGGCAGGACGGCCACGUUUGUCUCGCACCACCGUGGACCGUUGCCCUCGGCGAGAGACCCUAGGAGCAGCGCAUUCGACGUCGCCGGCAGCUUCGGCCGAGAUCGCCAGCGCAGGGAGGCGACCCGCAAGCGCGAGCAGCAGCUGGACCAGCUGACGUCUUCGCUGGCGCCGACUACUGCUCGCAAACGGCCCCGGCUCGACCUGUCCGACGUCGGCCUCGAGGACCAGCACCGGGCCAACAGCGUCGGCGGCAAGGCCCUCCUCGAUGCCCAGCACCUCGUCAGUGGCGGCGACAGCAGCUGCCCACCGCCCACGCAGGACGGUGUGGCCGCAUCCAAGAAGCGCACAUUUGCGUACGGUGCAGAGACGAUCAAGAAGAUCGGCUUCGACCCCUUUCAGUCUGCUAUUACCCCCUCACAGCAACGAAGGACUCCAUCGAGUGCGCCAUCUGCACACCCUUCCGGCGCCUCGAGCAGGCUCCUGGCCAGGCACGCCGCGGCACCCGGCUCGCUGCCGGCACCCAAGCUGCAUGCGAGAGUGGCAAAGGCACGGCCCAACGUGCGCGCACCGCCCCGCGCAGCCCCUUCCCACCAGCUCGACGAGGACCUCUCCGACCUCGGCUCGGACCUGGGUCUGGACUCUGACUCUAAUAACUCCGGCUCUGACCUAGACAUUGUGUAA